UUAGCGGGUAAAUAUAUGCGUGCUUCUAUCUCCAUCAGCGAAGCAAGUUUGUGAUUGAAUAUGUAUAGCUAAAAUCCUCUUAGAUAUUCUAGGUAUGUACCUUUAUACACGAAAUAAAAGUACUUACAGAUAAAAUUGCGUAUAGGUAUCUUUCAUAUACCAUGUCGCUUGGAAGACUUGUAGGAAAAAGCACACUUGUAACCGGAGGCGGAAGUGGAAUAGGAAGAGCAAUUUGUCAGGUGUUUGCAAGAGAAGGUGCAAGUGUAGCAGUAAUUGACAUCAACCGUGACGCUGUAUCUGAGACUCUCGAUCAACUGCCGAGGAACCAUGGCAACUUACAUUGCGCCAUUGAAGCUGAUGUGACCUCAUCCGGAAGAGUCAAACACGUUUUUGCAGAAGCAAAAGAUAAGCUGUCCAAAACAAGCACCAUCCUAGUCAACAACGCAGGUAUUAUUCGUGGCGAUCUACUACUGGAUAUGAAAGAUGAUGAUUUUGAUGACGUCAUCAGAAUAAAUUUGAGAGGGUCGUUUCUUAUGGCUAGAGAAUUUUUGAGAUCAUUGAAAGAUGCAACUGAUAUUAAUGGCUCCUUGGUGAAUAUAGCAAGUAUUGCAGGAAUAACAGGAAAUUUCGGGAAUGCGGAUUAUUGUGCUUCAAAACAUGGAGUAGUUGGAUUGACAAAAAGUAUCGCAUUGGAAUAUCCGAAACAUAAAGUACGGUGUAAUGCCGUGCUACCGGGUAUAACCGACACACCAAUGGCACAAUCAUUCGAUCCAAAGAAAAUAGAACAAGGCGUGAGACAAAUACCGAUGCGAAGAUUGGCAAAACCCGAAGAAAUUGCAAAUGCUUGUUUAUUUUUCGCAUCAGAUGAAAGUUCAUACGUCAAUGGAGCAUGCUUAGAAGUAACGGGAGGACUUAAUGUUUAACAAAAAGCUUAUAGUUUUGCUUUUUAUGUAAUUAAUUUUGUGUUAUGCAAUAUAAAGUGCUGCAAUAAUUUAAAUACGGAAUGAAAAAAAACGAGAUUAUAUGCUUAUUUAUAAUAAUCCAAUUAUUCAUCAUUUUGAAAUAUAUAUCUGUAGCCGAUGUGUUA